CGACCCCCCUGCCUGGCCUAGACCAGAGUCCUGUGAACCAUCUCAACCCUUUCCUCCCUGCAGGACCUCCUCUGCCCACGUUUGCCUUCUCACCAUUUGGCUCCAAACUCUCCUCAGGAUCCAGACAGAGGCACAUCCAGCGACGCGCUCACUCCAGGAGGAAAUAG